AUGGAAGGUGUCAACAUAGAGGCAUUCAUGAACUUCUUGAACCAGAUCACAGCAUUUCAAGCGAACCUUAACAAGAAGAAUGCCAAACCACAUCAAGAUUCAACAAGCAUUUACUACCUUCAUCCAUCUGAAAGUAUUGGUACACCUCUUUCCACUGUUAUACUUGAUGGUAAAAAUUAUGGUGACUGGAGUAGAGCUAUACUUUGGGGGCUGAAGGGAAAGAACAAAGUAAGGUUUGUUGAUGGUAGUCUGCCUAGGCUUGAUAAGGAUGAUGAAAAUUUUGAAGCAUGGGAUAGAUGUAAUACAUAUGUUGUGGCAUGGAUUAAUCACUCUCUUAGUCCUGAUAUAUCACGAAGUGUCGUCUGGAACACUGUGGCAAGCAGUUUGUGGACUGAAUUGAAGCGCAUAUACUGUCAAGGGGAUAGAUUCAGAGUGGCAGAAUUACAGGAAGAGCUUUUUGCAAUUAGGCAAGGAGACCUUGAUGUAACAUCUUAUUUCACUAAGUUGAAGACUAUUUGGGAAGACCUUGAAAGUUUUAGAUAUAUUCCUGACUGUGAAUGUUCAGAAAAGUGUAGUUGUGGCCUAGGUAUAAUACGACGAUAUAGAAUUGAGGAUCAAGUAACUCAGUUUUUGAGAGGUUUAAAUGAGCAGUUUUCGAAUGUUAGGUCUCAGAUUAUGUUGUUGGAUCCACUUCCUGAUGUGAAUACUAUACUCUCCAUGUUGACACAGCAGGAACGCCAAUUCAUGAAUAUGGACAUUAAUCCAGAAGUCAAAAUUGCAUAUGCCGCUACUCCCUCCAACACAGCAAACCCAGGAAAUGACAGAGGGAAAGGGAGGGGUAGAGGCGGAAGGAGUCAAGGAGGGAGAGGAAAGGUGCAAUGCUCGCACUGUGGAAGGUUGGGUCACAGCAUUGAUGUGUGUUACAAGAAACACGGCUACCCACCGAACCUCAAGGGACGUAAUGCUGCAGAAGGAGCUGGAAAUUUUGCAGCCUCCCUAGUCACUUAG